CUUAAAGUUAUCUUAUUUGUUUCUUCUUGAAGCUUCACAUUAUCCAAAUUACAACAUUGAACUAUACUAGGUUAGCAAGCAAUGAAGAGAGUAACUAAUCAAGAUUCACAAGUUUCGUGAAAAGUUUACUAUCUUUUACAUUGUUCGUUAGUCAAUACUAAGUAUUUGGAAGUCUUAAAUUAUUAGCAAUGACGUUCAUUUACAGUUAUCAAGAUAUACAAAUUUUAUUCUAAUCAAAUUAAAUAUCGCGUGUUAGUCGAUAUUUUUCAUUAUUUUUAGCUCUGUAUUAUAAAACGCAUUUAAAAUGUUUAAAACCAAUAUUGAGCCUGACAUAUCAGCUACUGUAGGUUCACUUUCCAAUUCCAGUACAGAUGAAUUGAAAAAUCUGUUAAACGACGAUACAAAGUUUGAAGAAAUUAUUAAAGACAAUCAACAGUUGUUAAAUUUACAAGCACAAAAAGAUGAGAUAAUGGUAAGAAAUCAUUCAUUGGCUGAAUUUAAUUUAUCAAAAGAACCUGAAUUAGAAGAAGCUAAAAUAUCGAUUCAAACUCUUAGCGAGGAAGGUAAUCAAUUGUGUUUAAGUGUACAAGAAAAGCUUGAACAAAUAUCAAAUAGAGCUAACUCUAUAACAGUUGACACUGCAUUAGAUCUUUUACAAGCUGCAGCAACAGAAAUCGAAGAAGAAUCUGAGAAAGUAGCUGAAAAAUUUUUAGGUGGCGAAAUGGAAGUAGAUGAAUUUUUAGAACAAUUCCUUACAAGACGUAAAAUUAUGCAUAUGAGAAAAGUAAAAGUUGAUAAAAUGAGAGAAUUAAUGAGAAAACCUUUGAUGCAUUCUACAAAUCCAGGAUACCCAAUUGCUGGCAAUUUUAUUGUACCUAUGCCUAUGCCAGUGCCUCCUAUUUUAAAACCGUUUUAAAUUUUUCAUCGGUAUUAAUAUAUUUUAUUAUA